AUGGCAGACGUAGCGGCGCCAGUCUUCAAGAAGCGCGCCAACAAGGGCUCCAACAUCCGCAAGCGACCGGCGACACCACCACCCGAAGAAUCUGGCUCGGACUCAGACUACACAGACGAUGAAGCAGGUGUCAGGAUAAAGCGUCGCAAGAAGGAGGGCGUCACGGUCGGCACUGGACCAAAGCGCCAGGCCAACUUCAACAAGAACACAAAUUUCGAGGCCGAUCGAUCAAAGACGAUAGCCGACAACGAGGAUGCGACGAAAGCUUCGAAUUGGUACACGGACGCCGCGCUGGCCGCGAAGGAUGCCCCAUCCACGACUGUCAGCAAGACGGAGACGGUAGUGCCUGGUGCAACAGAUGGCAAAUACCAAGGGACCGCCAAGUACUCGACAUUCAUUCAGAAGCAUCCCGACCACGAAAAGAAAGUAGGGCCAGUAAAAGCGCCGACCAACGUGCGGGCCAUCACAGUGACAGACUUUGCGCCAGAUGUGUGUAAAGACUACAAACAGACCGGAUUCUGUGGCUUUGGCGACAGCUGUAAGUUCCUGCACGCGCGAGAAGACUACAAGCAAGGCUGGCAGCUCGACAAGGAAUGGGAGAAAGUGGGCAGCAAGAAGGACAAGCCGGGGCAGAACGGCAAAGAGGACACCAGCGAUAUGACGGAAGAGGAGAAGAUGCUGAUGGAGAUUCCGUUCGCAUGCAUAAUUUGCAAAGAGAGCUAUAAGAACCCGGUGGUGACGAAGUGCGGGCACUACUUUUGUGAGAAGUGUGCUAUGGGCCGGUAUAUGAAGGAGAAGAGGAAGACGUGCGCGAAUUGCGGUGCAGAUACAGGCGGCAGCUUCGGCAUAGCGAAGAAGCUGAAAGGGUUGUUGGAGAAGAAGAAGAAGAGGGAAGAAGAAAGGGCAGAGAAGGAGGCGAAUGAGGGAGACGAUGAUGCAUGA